CUCUCUCCGCCUGGGCGCCGGCUCCCUUCCCGCUCCAUGUCUCCUCUCGGCGCAGCGCUCGAACCCGCGCGGAGUUACCGGCCCAAGAUGGGAGCUGCCAAGAGACCCGGCGAAGCCCCGGCCCUGCGCAAGAGCCUCAAGCCGCUGAUGGAGAAGCGCCGCCGGGCGCGCAUCAACGACAGCCUGAACCAGCUCAAGACCCUCAUCCUGCCGCUCAUCGGCAAAGACAGUUCUCGCUAUUCCAAGCUAGAGAAGGCGGAUAUAUUAGAGAUGACUGUGCAGUUCCUCAAGGAACUUCCAGACUCGCGUGCCUCCCUUCCCGCCUCCACUGAUGGUUACUGUGAAGGCUACCAGGCCUGCUUGUGUCGCCUCACCAACCUCCUGCCCAAGUUCACCUUCCUGAACCCAGAUGUCUGCAACAGCCUCUUGAGGCAUCUUCAACAGGCCAGUGACGAACACCACUGGAAUCGGGACUGCAACAGCCCGACGGACUUGCCCCAAGCACAACACUUGGCCAUGCCACUCGGCCCAGUCAGAAGGGCUCAAGAAACCGUCUCUCCACGCUUGCCUGCUGUAGUACAGCCUGCCCUCUGGAGGCCCUGGUAGGCCCACAAUGCCUCAGGGCUAAUUCUAAAGCAAAGUUUGCUCCUGAUUCCCAAAACUGACUACUGGGGCACACCGAGCUGCUAAUGCCUUGAGAAACACGUUUACGGAGAAACUUCUAUGAGCUCCCACGGAAGAGGUUGCCUGCUGCAUCUCUGUGCGAGUCACCACCCUGACCUUCCCUUUUUCUACUGAAGAUAGGAUAGCCCACCUACUCUUCAUCAGGGUGUGAUGGAUUGUUCAGUCACUCCUGAAACAGAGACAUGCAGACUUAUGAAAGGAGGCAGACGGGAGUAUCUCUGUGUGAGCACCACUCUGGGGCUUCCUAGUUCCAAUCAGGAGGCAUGCCCAGAUCAGUGACUUGUGCAGAAACACGAAGAGUAGGCUCCUCUGAGGGAGGGAAAUCAUCAUUGCUGUUGAGAUACUCUCCAAGCAAUUCUUUUAGCUGUAAGAGACCUUGAGUUUCAGUUAAGGGUGGGGAGGGUGCUUGAGCUGCCAGGGAAGCUCUGCUCUCUGGGUUUAUAUUUUGGCAGUCUCCGGAAUUUGGAGCGCUUUCUUGUCCCUGUUCCUUCAGCCGGUCCCCCACCACACCCUGUCCUUCUCCUUUCUCUGUGUGUUUUUGGCCACACGGGCUAGGAAUUGGUGGCCAGUAAACCCCAAGGGUUGUGAAUUCUCUCUUUCAUCUGGUCUGUGACUUGCACAAAUCCAGUCCAGCGCGA